GUCAAACGGAAGUCGCAGGGGCCAGCACUGUUCGGUGUUUGCUGGGUGCGAUCCCACUCCCAGCUGGAACGGGCAGCAGCUCCGCUGGAGGGGUCAUCCCACCGGGAGCUGAAAUUGGGCCUGGGGCAGGAGAGCUGAGCGGGCAGCUCGACCUGGAGACGUUGCCUGGGGCGCUGGCGGACAGAGCCGGCCUGGAGCUCUCAUCCAGCCGGGGCUCAGCCCCUUCCCUCUGCCCUACUUCCAUUUUCUCCCAGUUAGGUGCACAGGCUCCGGCUGCAGGCACGCUGCCAACACAGUGCUCCUCGGCUGAACAAAAUGUCCCCUUGUCCCAGGGCCCGGCUUUUCGGAGCGACCGCUGCUGUGCUUCCCCGGGAUCCCCGCUCCUUCCCGGAGGAGCUUCGGGACUCUUCAUCCAGGCGCUGACACCUGCACUCAGCUGGGAAAUGCAAUUUAGGGAUCGUGGAGGAGGGAGUGGAAACAGACGCCUGGAAACCCCGGACUUCUGCUCAUGGGGGGAAGGCUGCGCGGCUGGAAUCCCGGCAAGGGAGAAUGCUGUGCCGGGAAUUUCAUCCAGUUAACAGCAAGGGAGGAUGCGGCUGCCGGGAAUUUCAUCCAGCACCAGCGAAGGGAGGAGGAUGCUGCCACCAUUUUAGCGGCGGCGCUCCCGCCCGCCGCGGCCGGAACCGGGGCUGGAGGAGCCGGCGCGGAGCUCGGGGGUGCCCGGGCCCCUCCGGCCCCAUCCCGGCCGCUGUCCCCCGCUCGCCCCCCCGCCGGGGAGCGCUUCCUGUCCCCCGCCCGCCCCGCGGGGUCGGCGGAGCCGCGGGGAGGGGACGGGAGGAGGGACCGGGGGCUGCGGGCGCUUCCUGCCGCCGCCCCCGCCGGGGCAGAGCGGAGCGGGGCGGGAGCUCGGCUCGGCCCGGCCCAGCCGAGCGGCGCUCCCGGGCCGAGCCAAACUUCCCGGGGGGCUCGCACAUACGCACGCACACAUACAUAUAUACAUAGAUAUUUAAUUUUUAUAUAUUUUUUUUAAUUUUAAUUUCCUCCGCACUUUCGGCGGGGCCCCCGGGGCGGAGCCGCCCUCGCCGCCGGGAGGGGCCGGUGCCCGCAGCGCCGGGGAUGGGCUCCGCCGGGGCGCCCUCCGCCUAGAGCAGCCCGGCUCGGCUCGGCCCGGCCCGGCCCGGCGCGCAGCAUGGCCGCGGAGCUCACCGCCGAGGAGGAGCAGGCAACCAAGCAGUUCCUGGAGGAGAUCAACAAGUGGACAGGCCAGUACAAUGUGUCCCCUCUCUCCUGGAAUGUGGCUGUCAAGUUCCUCAUGGCCCGCAAGUUCGACGUCCUGCGGGCCAUCGAGCUCUUCCACUCCUACAGGGAAACGCGGCUGAAGGAGGGAAUUGUGAAGCUGAAGCCGCACGAGGAGCCGCUGCGCUCGGAGCUGCUCAGCGGCAAGUUCACCAUUCUGAGCGUGCGGGACCCCUCGGGAGCCUCCAUCGCCCUGUUCACAGCCAAGCUGCACCACCCCAGCAAGAGCGUGCAGCACGUGGUGCUCCAGGCACUCUUCUACCUGCUGGACCGAGCUGUGGAGAGCUUUGAGACGCAGAGGAAUGGGCUGGUGUUCAUCUAUGACAUGGCGGGGUCACAGUACACCAACUUCGAGCUGGACCUCAGCAAGAAGAUCCUCAAUCUGCUCAAGGGUGCCUUCCCAGCCCGGCUCAAGAAGGUUUUCAUCGUGGGAGCGCCCAUGUGGUUCCGUGUGCCCUACUCCAUCAUCAGCCUGCUGCUGAAGGAGAAGCUGCGGGAGCGGGUGCAGAUGGUGAAGAUGUCGGAGCUGAAGGAGCACCUGCCCCGGGAGUGCCUCCCUGAGUACCUCGGGGGGUCCCUCAAGCUGGACCCCCUGAGCUGGAAUUGCCGGUUCCUGCCCCAGCAGAACGGGCACCCCGACCCCCUGGACGAGCUCAUCCUGGUGCCGCUGGCGGCCCCCAAAGAUAACGGCUCCGUCCACGUCCCCGGGCCCCGCUCUGUCACCCUCCAGGAGCUGCUGGAUCACGUCAGCCACAAGCAGAAACGUGGCAUCUACGAGGAGUACGAAGACAUUCGGCGCAGGAGCCCGGCCGGCACCUUCGUCUGCUCGUUGGCGCCCUACAACCAGGACAAGAACCGGUACGGGGACGUGCCCUGCCUGGACCAAACCCGUGUCAAGCUGGCGAAGCCGUACAGCCGCCCCGAGCUGACUGACUACAUCAACGCCAGCUUCAUGGAUGGCUACAAGCAGAGGAAUGCUUACAUUGGCACUCAGGGGCCUCUGGAAAACACCUACGGUGACUUCUGGCGCAUGGUGUGGGAGCAGAACGUCCUGGUGAUCGUGAUGACAACCCGGCUGGAGGAAGGAGGCAGGAGGAAGUGUGGCCAGUACUGGCCCCUGGAAAAGGAUUUCCAGGUGUGCUUUGGGGCCCUGACCAUCACCAACCUGGGCGUAGAGAACCUCAACCAUUACAAGAAAACCAUCCUGGAGAUCCACAGCUCAGAGACCAGGGAGCGGCGGCUGGUGUCCCACUUCCAGUACCUGAGCUGGCCGGAUUACGGCGUCCCCUCCUCCGCUGCCACUCUCAUUGACUUUCUGGGGGCCGUGAAGCAGCAGCAGAGAGUGGCUGUCAGCGCCCUGGGGCCUCGCUUCAAGGGCCACCCCGGGGGACCCCCAGUCGUGGUGCACUGCAGCGCUGGCAUUGGCAGGACAGGUACCUUCUGCGCGCUGGACAUCUGCCUGUCGCAGCUGCAGGACGUGGGCACGCUGAACAUCUACCAGACGGUGCUGCGCAUGCGCACGCAGCGCGCCUUCAGCAUCCAGACCCCCGAGCAGUACCACUUCUGCUACACCGCCAUCCUGGAGCACGCCCAGCGCGAGGGGCUGCUGCAGGAGAGGAGCGCGCCGGGGCACUGAGGCCCUGAGCCCUCGGGCUGCCCGCUGCCCCAGGACUGGCUGCCGGAGCAGCUCGCUGGCAGCACUGCUGUGGAACUGUGCCUUAUUCAACCCAAACGGUGGCUGCCGCUUGCCAGCCCGGGAACGGGGCUCUCCACUCCUCCUCCCCGGCGUGUUUUGGUUUGGUUUGGUUGGCUGGGGGAGGUGGUUUGUCUUCUCUUCGAGUUGUUGGGGUUUUUUUUUGUUUUGGUUUUUUGUUCUUUUUUGUUGUUGGGACCACCUAAGAUGUACCUAGAGAGGGGCUUUGCAGAGCCCUAGGAAAUGUAUUCCCAGUCUCGGGCUGAGGAAGAGGCGCGUGCUUCGGUCUCAGCUGACGCUCCAUCUGUGUGUCUGUAUGUAUGUGUGUAUAUAAUAUACCCCACUGUGACCCCCUGGCUAUUAUAUAGAUACAUAUAUACAACCUCCCCUUUAGCAGCUCCCUGCUGUCCUGCCACCUCACUGCUGUGACCUCCCGAGCGGUGAGUUUGGUCCUGGCUCUGUCUUGUCUUCUCCCUUCCCUUAAUUUCCCCUCGUGGGCAGCGCUGGGACCCGGUACCCAUCCUGUGCCCAGACACUCGAUGGCGUCCCCCUGUUUGUUUGUCUCAUCUUUCCCACGGAGAGAGAUAGCAGCUGUGCUCCUGGGAGGUCUGGAGGAUUGGGGUGUCGGGGGGUGCUGAGCUGGCAGGCAUCCCCUGCCCCCUGGGCAGUGCUGUGGGAGUCACUAGGUACGAGGUGACGGGGCCGUGGCACCGACCGGCUCUCCAGGUUGCCCGGCUUUCCCAAGCUGCCGCUGGGAACCCGCAGGCCCAGCCCUGCCUUGAGUCAUGGGCUGGGAAAGCGCUGAGCAAGAACAAACCCCAAACCCUGGAGAGGCAACGAGCCUCUGCCCCGGCCCCAGCCCCCACCACUGCCUGGGCCUCCCCAACUUUAUACUGUAAUAAGCUCUUUGAAUGUGUAUAUUCUUAUUUUUUUAUAAUCUUGGGGGAGGGGGGCGCAGGGUUUGGGAGGUUUUGUUUUCUUUAGGGAUUUUUUUGUGUUUUGUUUUUUUUCUGUUUGUUUUUUUUUUUUUUUUUUGUAUUUAACAUUAACUUGAUCCAAGCCAGAGCCAGAAGUAUUUGUAAAUGUUCCUAUUUUGCUCUCAGAGAAGCCUUUUUGUUGUCGUUACUUUUUUGGGAGUUGUUUUGUUUUUAUUUGUAUUGAUAUAUAAAUAUACCACCAGUGACCAGUC